GUAAAUUGUUAUUCCCUCUAAGCUAAGGUAUCUAUUCUUACGUACUGUUUCUUCCUUUUAUCCCCCCUCCUGUUCUAAAAUACCUUAAGUACUUUCUCACCUUUCAAUCUCUCUUCUUCACUAACAAAAAGGGAUGGAAGCUCUCAUUCUCUUGCUUCCUCUGUUUUUACUUCACAGUAUCACCCAAUCCAGUGCCGCCCGCAUCGACGCAUUCGUCUACGGCGGCUGCUCGCCGACAAAGUUCAACCCCGGGACGGUCUACGAGUCGAACGUAAACUCGGCACUCACAUCGCUGGUCAACUCGGCCGACUCGGUCAGCUUCAACAAAUUCAAGACUUCUCUCCCGGGGUCGACCCAGCCCGACGUUAUUUACAGUCUUUACCAGUGCCGCGGCGACCUCGCCGCCUACGACUGCCGGAGCUGCGUGGCCCGAGCCGUGAGCCAGCUCGGGUCGCUCUGCGUGGACACCUCCGGCGGCGCGUUGCAGCUCGACGGGUGUUUCGUGAAGUACGACAACAUCUCGUUUCUCGGGGCGGUGGAUAAGGCGGAGGUCAUCCACAGGUGUGGGCCGUCUGUCUCGUCCAGCUCGGACGAGACGACGAGCCGGUACACCGUACUGACGGGUCUAUCGGCUGCGGGCCAGUACUUCCGGGUGUUCGGGUACGGGAGGGUCCAGGGUAUGGCGCAGUGUACGCAGGACGUGGACUCAUCGGCGUGCCAGGAUUGUUUGUCGGAAGCCAUCGGACGGCUGAAAAGUGAGUGUGGGUCCGCCUCGUGGGGAUACGUGUACUUGGUCAAGUGCUACGCGCGUUAUUCGGAGCAUGGAUUCUCGCCAAAAAGCGACGGAGAAAGCGCGAGAAAACUUGCAAUAAUAAUUGGGAUCGUUGCUGGUGUGGCCGUACUGGUCGUUCUCCUCUCUGUUUUGAGCAAUCUUUGUUGUUCCAAAGCAGAAUCAGUCGAUUCAACCGAUUUUAGUGCUGCCAAUGGGCUCUUAAUUUCAUCUUCAGGGAGAAUGGUUGGCGUGCACCAAUGAUGGUGAUGUUGGCAACGAUAUGUGAGGAAACAACGAGAUGCAUAUUAAAGUGUCUUAGUUGACUAUCUGAUGUGUAGGAGGUAUUGGUCCUACCAAAGACUCCCUUCUACUUAUUCGUGUUAAGGCCUGCACCCUAAGUUUAGCCGUACUCCUAUUAUUUCCUCUUGUGUUUGUUCACUACCUAAAUCACAUGACCUUGUUAUGUCUUGCCCGUUGCUAUCCUAUCUGCUGCCUUAUCUUUGGGCUCCCCUUAUUUUGUCUUUCUUAGACCCGUGACUCACUUGAUUAGGAAAGCAUCUUUUUGAGUUCCAUAUAUUUGUGGCCAGUGAGUAUGAGAGAGUGGACUUCCUCCUUUGUGUGAGUGAGGCGUGAAACUAGUGGGCAGUAGGUAUUGAGAGUUUAUCUCCUCCUUUGUGUGAGUAACCAGAGAGAUAAAGUAUAGUCCUUCUUCCUUUGUCCUCCUUUGUGUGAGCUUGAGAGGUGAAAAAGAGUGUGGCUAAACUUGGUGAGUGGUGGAGUGACUAAACAUCCUGGGGUGGUGUGUGUGAGUUGUUCUGGUUGGAGACCUGAUCUGAAAUACACACCCAACAGUGGUAUCAGAGCCUGGUUGCCGUCCGCCGCCGUGCACCGCCAUCAGCCGCCGGUUGAAGCUACUGGAAGCUCCGCUGGUUUUGGGCCAUGGUUCUAGGUUGCCGCUGGAACCACCCAGCUGCCUGAACCACCGCAGGGAGCUCAAUCGACGGAAAAAGCUUGUUCAUAGCCGGAGUAUGCUCUGUGGUUGAUGCUUCUCGUUCGCAGACUGCCGCCUGAAAGUUUCGCCGUCCACCUUCGCAGUCACCGCUGAAGCCACCGCCUGUCAGGAAGCCGUUCGCCGGAAAUUGCCGUCGCUGAACGCCGAUACCUAAAGCUGGUUGCAGAUUUGUACUUGACCUGGGUUUUGCUGCACCAAUAGCUGAGUUUCGUUGGAAUCGCCGCCUGAGAACCGCCCACCGUCGUCGCUGCAGGCCAUCGUCGCUUGGAAGCUCGCUACCGCAGGUUGCUGUCGCCAUCCACCAUACGCCGUCGAUUGGAGCCCAUUGGACGCCUGUGAAGUACCACCUGUGGCCGUUCGUAGCGGAAGACGUGAGCUGUUUUCCGUCUGGGAGUUAUCCAAGCUUGAAAUUGCAACUGGAUACUCCCUGUUUCGACUGCAGAGCAAUUGCGCUGAAGCUGCUGCCGGUCACAAACCGUUCGCCGGAGCUAGUUCGCCGGAAGUUCCUCAUUGCUGGUCCCGUCGUUCUUCAGUCGGAGCCACCAUCUGCGAUAUUUUGCUUUUCGCAGAAAGUCUCAAGUCGCAGGGACGAAGAGUACUGCUUCGCUAUUCUUUUGGUCUGCUGGGUUUGCUGAAGGGGCUAGGACUCUUGGAGCUUGCUGGAUUUUGGGUUGUUCGCUGGACGCUGGAGACUUGAAGGCUGGAUUCUGAUUUGGACCUUGGGCUUUACGCAUAGGAGCUAGACUUGGAGCUGGACCUAGAGCAGUAGAUAUACUCGGUCAACUGCUUGGUCAACUUGGUCAAAGCUCGGUCAAUGCUAGUCAAAGGCAGUCAACAGUCCGAAAAAUCCCAAUUUUUUAAAUUGGGUGGGUAAGGUCGAAAUGCCUCUCCUAGGGUUUCGCUCCGGUAUAUUGACUAUAAACCUUUUUAUCGCUUUUGUAGUGAUUUUGUAGUCUUUCAUUGUGUAGAAAUCCUGUUUUAGGUUCAUUACUGCUGUUAAAAUUUAUAGAAUUGUUGUAUUGUGUUGUGCUGAAAAUUUAUUAUUUAUUUGUGCUUAUACGGAAGAACAAGGGGUUUGAAGUUGAGUUUGGUGCUCAUUAAUACUCCCCACGUGUUCGUGCUAGUUGCUUCGUAUAUUGAUAGCCUUAUAAAUAUUUAAAUUGUUUUUCAACAAAAUUUACAUUUUCUUUUGUUGCUUAUUUUUCUCUGUGAAAAUGACUGCUUAUAAUUAGUAUGGUAUGGCUCCAUUUAAUGGAAAAUCUGAUUUUAGCAUUUGGAAGCAAAAAAUUAAAUGUAUUUUAAUACAACAAAAAUGUUUUAAAGCAGUUGGCGAAACCUAUUUAAUUUCUGACACAGAAGAUAAAAGGGCUGAAAUGAAUGAAAAUGCAUGUUCUGUGAUUUAUUUGAACUUGUCUGACUCUGUGAUUAGAAAAGUUGGAAUUUUAGAGAGUGCUAAAAUUCUGUGGGAUAAAUUGAAUGAACUGUAUACUGAGACCUCUUUGCCUAACCGGAUAUUUUUACUUGAAAAGUUCUUCAAAUUUAGAGUAUAUAUGUCUAUAGAUAUUGAAGAAAAUCUAGAUGUUUUUACCAAACUUAUUUCAUAUAUUAAGUUGUGUGGUGAUAAGCAUAUAGAUGAUUAUUCCCUCAUUGCUCUUUUAAAUGUUAUUCCUGAUUCCUUUAGUUAUGUGAAAUCUGCUAUUAAGUAUGGUAGAGAUAAUGUGACUCUUGACAUUGUAGUAAAUGGUCUUAAGAGUAAGGAAUUAGAUUUAAAACAGAUGGGUGAGGGUAGAAAAUCCGAGGAAGUUAUGCAUGUGAGGGGUAGAGAAAAUAAUAGUAGACGACAUAGAUCUAAGUCUAGGUCUAAUUCGAGGCGUUGCUAUUAUUGUCAUGAACCAGUUCAUUUUAUAAGAGACUAUCCUAAAUCUAGGAAAAAUGAGCAUAGUGAGCAUGCUAAUUUGACUACGUGUGAAGAUGAUUUAGAAGAUGUUUUUAUGAUGAAAAAUCUAUGUGAUUAUGACUAUUUGAGUUCUGUGAUAUCUGAUUCUUUGGGUUAAUCAGCUUGGGUGGUAGAUUAUGGUUGUACUUUUCAUAUGUCCCCCUUGAAAAAUGCUUUUUCAAGCUAUAGGGAGAUUGAGCAUGGCUUUGUGUAUUUAUAUUAACAAAUAAGAAGAAAUGCAAUGUGCUAGGAAUAGGAGAUGUAUGCCUUAGGUUUUCUUCUGGUUAUGUGCUUACUUUGAAGAAUGUUAGGCAUGUUCCUGAGCUGUGCUGUAAUUUGCUAUCUUGUGCUUCUCUUGAAAAUGAGGGUUUGAAGGGAAAAUGGGGAAAGGGAAUCAUGAAAGUUGUGAAGGGUUGUUUAGUUGUUUUCAAAGCUGAGAUGAAAAACAACUUGUAUGUUUGUCAUGCUGAACCCAUACUUGAUUCUGUGAAUUGUGUGCAACCCUGUGUGCUAGGAAAAUAGUCUAGGGUUAGUUUUCCUGAUCUGCCUAAGUGUACUAAUGUGCUUCGAAUCCUCACAAGGACCCCACAAGUCAGCAUGAAUACAAUCAAUUUUAGAGAGAUAAACCCUAUUUCGAUUUUUGAGAGCUUUUCAAGCCUUGCUCUUCAAGAUUAACGGAUUCUUUGUAAGUUCUAUCUUUUUAAUUAAUGACAAUUAUUUCUAUUCAUCCCAAUUCCGUUGAUUCUUCAAUUAUGAAUUGUGAGUAGUUUAAUUAGGGAUUUGGGGUUGAUGAAGGGGUUAAUUAUGAUUGAUGGCUAGAUUCUUUUCGGUUUAAUUGCGUGAAUGCCGUUUAAUUUGUGUUUGAAUAAUUUAAUUGAUAUCUUUUGUAACCCGGAACCACGGCUAGAAUUACAAUUGCUUGUACAAUAAAUUAAGAGAGAUCUAGUUUAUUCUAGGACACAUUCACACACACUUAAUCGUUCGCUAAGAGAUUAGUAGCGAUUAAGGAGCCGUAAGCUCGCUCGUCUUGGCAAUAAUUUAGGAUCCUGUCGCAUGAGAGAUCAGCCUGGUCCCCUAAAUUAUUGUACUCUACACCGCGAGAGCGGUAAGAACUUAGUAAUGAUUAGCUAAGCUCAAUUAAAUUAAAUUCAUGUAAUUAGGCCUGUUCUGCCAGAAAUCUGAUUACCCCAGAAUCAAUCCCUGUUCCCUUUGUCGUUAAUUAGAAAGAAACCAAACAUUUAUUUUAUUCGCUCAUUCGCAUUAGUUUAAUUUAAUUUUUAUUCAAUCAAUCAAUCAAUCUCGCACACUUGCAUUUUAUUUUAUUUUAUUUUUAUUCGCUGAAUUUAGUUAAUCUUUAAUUCCCUUUUGUCCGUCCCUGUGGAGACGAUACUUGUACUUUCAACCACUUUACUACAUCAUUUUUAAGUGCGAGAAAACUCACAUCAGUUUUUGGCGCCGUUGCCGGGGAUAAACCCUAUUUCAAUUUUUGAGAGCUUUUCAAGCCUUGUUCUUCAAGAUUAAGCCUUGUUCUCAAAAAUUGAUUGUAUUCAUGCUGACUUGUAGGAUCCUUAUAGUGUUUCCACUCAUGGCGGGAAAAAUUAUUUUUUGACGUUGAUUGAUGAUUUUUCAAAGAAAGUGUGGGUUUUGUUGAUUGAGUAUAAAUCUGAAGUUUUUAAUAAGUUUAAAAACUGGAAAACCCUUGUUGAAAAACAAACCGGUAAGAAAAUAAAUUUUUUAAGGACCACUGUCAGUUUUGAUUUCUGUGAUGAUCAGCUUGGUGAUUUAUGUGAUACUUGGGGUAUAUCUAUGCAUAAAUUUGUUCCCUCCAACCCCAACCGGAUGGGGUUGAUGAGAGGAUGGUUAGAACUUUAUUAGAGAGGGUGAGGACUAUGUUAGCUUCAUCUGGGCUCUAAUAAGUUCUGGGGGGAAGCUAUUUGUUAUGCUGUUGAUUUGGUUAAUCUGUCCCCGUCUGUUCCGUUAGGAGGGAAAUGCCCUGAAUCUGUGUUCAUGGACAAACCGCUUGACUUGCCAAAUUUGAGAGUGUUUGGUUGUGCUGCUUAUGUGAAUCGUGUGAAUGAUAAAUUUGAACCUAGGACUAAGGAAUAUGUUUUCUUAGGAUAUCAUGAUUGCAUGAAAGGUUGUAGGCUUUGUUUAGGAGUGAAACUUGCUUCAAUGUGUUGAUGAGUAGAAAUGUCAUUUUUGUUGAAAAUGAAUUUCCUUGCCUGCUUGUUUCUCCUGAUGUUGCUCCAAAUGAGGUGGAGCAUUUGCCUGUUGAAGUUCAUUCCGAUUUACUUGUUUAAACCAAACCCAAAUUUGUGAAUGAAAAUGUUUUUCAUGGUGAAAAUAAAGAAAAUAAUAUUUCUAUUAAGGUGGAGCAUGAUAUGAAUGUUGUGUGCAAUAUGCUUGAGUUGCGUGAUUGACAUGUUAUUAGAGAUAGAGACAUUAGGGAGCAUGAGAGAAGUAAUAUGUGCAAUGUGUUUGACUAUAUUUCCUCUGAGUCUGCUUUAAAUGUGCUUAAUUCUCUUUUAAUUAAAAUCUUUGUGAUAUUUGGUAUGCUAUUUUCUUUGUGUUUUGAAAAUAUGGUACCAAGUGAUUAUGUGAGCUCUGCCUGUGCUAGUUAUAGAAAUAAUAUUGUUUCUUUUAUUUUCUGUGUACUUGCUUUGUGUGGUUGUUGGAUUAGUUGGAAUCCCCAACUUCUCCCGGAUGCUUGCUUGCGUGGUCUAUUAACAUGUGUUGUGCUUGUUAAUAGUUUUGUGAUGGUUUGGAUUCUGAACUCGAGGACCGAUUGGUAGAGUUCAGUCCAUCGUGAAUUGGGUUGGCAUGGUAAGCUCGGUCCGAAAGGGAACUUUGGUUCUCAUCUAUUACUUGUAUGAUCGCAAUGAUGUACUUGUAAUAGUUCAGCGAUGAUGAGUCUCCUCACAACCGUGUAUUUGUUACUCUACACCACCUAGGACCAAUAAGGUGGAGAAUGUUGGAGGUAUUGGUCCUACCAAGACCUCUCUUUCACUUAUUCGUGUUAAGGCCUGCACCCUAAGUUUAGCCGUACUCCUAUUAUUUCCUCUUGGGUUUGUUCACUACCUAAUCACAUGGCCUUGUUAUGUCUUGCCCGUUGCUAUCCUAUCUGCUGCCUUAUGUUUGGGCUCCCCUUGUUUUGUCUUUCUUAGACCCGUGACUCACUUGAUUAGGAAAGCAUUUUUUUGAGUUAAAUAUAUUUGUGGCCAGUGAGUAUGAGAGAGUAGACUUCCUCCUUUGUGUGAGUGAGGCGUGAAACUAGUGGGCAGUACGUAUUGAGAGUUUAUCUCCUCCUUUGUGUGAGUAACCAGAGAGAUAGAGUAUAGUCCUUCUUCUUCCUAGCUUUGUCCUCCUUUGUGUGAGCUUGAGAGGUGAAAAAGAGUGUGGCUAAACUUGGUGAGUGGUGGAGUGGCUAAACAUCCUGAGAUGGUGUGUGUGAGUUGUUCUGGUUGGAGACCUAAGCUGAAAUUCAAACCCAACAUGAUGAGAAACCAACCAUUUCCAUUUGAGAUAUAAUCUGAAUUACUGAUCCAUUGUAAACCCAGUCACCCAGAGCUCUGGUGAGACUCUGAUAAGCGAAACAUUCCUUUUUUAAUUUUUUGAACUUGCUUCUGGUUUCUUCUGAUUUAGAGAGGCAUGCGGUUAACCAAAAAUAUAAAAGCCAUCUAAACAAAUUAUUCGCGCCGAAAAAUGAAAAGAAAAACGGGAAUGGUUUUGUUAUCGAAAAAUCAAAUAGUAUUAAACGACAACAAUUUUUAAGCGUGGAAAAACUAUUUAAAAAAACGUUGUCGACUACUCUUUGAGAAUGGUAUUUUAGUGACGUAUUUUAAGAAUACAAAAGUUAUAUACUUCAGCAGCACUUUAAAAAAUGUAGCCUAUGAUAGCAUGAAACAAAAAAUAUACGGGUUUGAAAAAAAUUGGCACAGCCAUAACCCUAAAAUGUUGUACUGAAAAUAUUAUGCUCCAAUAGUUAAUUGUCCUAGACGCCGCCAGUGAUAGUGUGAUACUAUCACGUUUUCUACAUUUAAAAGACGAUAUUAUGGAAUAUAAAUUAAGAUCGCACUCCUACGUCGAGUUAUUGCUGAAACUUAAUAAAUUUGCACUCUAGGAUCGAUAUGGUUUUUAAUAAACAUUUUAAAAAUAUUAACAUUUUUAAUCAACAUUUUUUGCAAAAUCAACAUUUUUUUUAUCAAAUAAUGUUAAAUAUUAAACCCUCCCAAUUGACAACUAAAUCAAUUUUAAUAAUUAAAAUUUACGAAACUACAUUAAAUUAUCUAUGAAGUUACAAAAUCAAAAUUUAAUUAAGAAUCAAUUUUUUAAUUAAGUGAAUAAAAUGAAUCUAUUUGAACUAAAAAAGUCAAUAAGUUUGCAACUCAAUUUGGGAUGGAGGAGUAAUAUUUUCAUACUCCCCCGUUUCAAAUUGGAUGACAUAUCGCUCGGAACAGUUCGGGUGGGGGUUACAUUUUGAUAUCUGAGUCAAUGGUAUGAAAACGAUUCUUUUAAACCUGGUUGAUAAGUUUAUUUUUUAUAUAAUUGCGUGAUAGUUACAUAUUCGAAGGCUGCAUCUCAUCCUUAUAUCGAAUGUGUACAUAGAUAAUUAACAUAUCAUGUACUUUUAAAAUUUAGGCUUUACAAAUAUAUGUAUUCAGAAGAUUAAAGUGAAGUGAGCACUGUUGGCUCUAUCCUUCCAAAAUCAACGUGUUGACCGUGUUGUUUCUAAAUUGACCUCGUUGACUAUCUAGUUCCGAUAAUUGACCUGCAAAAUAAUCACUAAAAAGAACUAAAAGUAUAUUAGUGGCUCGAGACGCGUUAGACGCUGUCCUAAGGAAUAAUUUCCGGCAUACGGAAAUUUCUCCCAAGAUAUAACGAGCCCUUCGGUUAUCAAACCGGUACCAGAACUAACGAGAAGAAAAUAGUAUAUGAACCCAGUAAUAGAGGUGAUGGUUAAUUUGUUGUAUACUUGUAUACGCACUUCACCGUAUAUAUUUUUUCAUCUAUAGAAAAUUAAGGCAUAUAUGAAGGUGGUACGUAGCCUUCUCUCUUUGUAAUCCCACAACACCCAUAACCCAUUUUCCCUUUUCAAUAAGCAGAAUGAGUGCAAAGUCUCCACCAAGCAUAUAUGUCUAUUCUGCCAAGUAUAUAUAUGUCCAAAUACACAAUGAACCGAACGUAGGUUACUAAAGGGUCACCAUAUAAACUUUAAUGAAAUUAAAGUAUGAAUUAUGUAGUAUUAAAGGCAUUUAAGGAAUAAUGAAUAAUGAUAUAAAACGUUUUUGUAUUAACUCCUAAUGAUGCCCAACGUUAGAAAAAGUUUAGCCAAAUUCAUAUAUUAAGUUAAUUGUUUAACGUUUAGUAAUGGCUUCACAAAUGGUAGGGUAAAAUGGUUUUUAAAGUCGUGAUAAAAUUUCCCAAAAAAAUAAUUGAAAAACUUAUUCAUUUGAAAUACCCCAAAAUUUCCAACAAUCCCCCACUAUUUCAAAUGAAUAUUCUAUUUAUUGAAAUUAAUAAUUCCUUACUGGGUUUCAUAUAUGGGGUGAGGUUUUUCAAUCUGGUGUUCGUAGACUUGAACCAGACCUAGACGCCUAAGUCUUUAAAUACCGAGUUUAUUGGUGAAACGUAUAGUUUCUAUGAACCAAUAAUCUACUUUGGUAAGUCAGUGUCUUAGGGGAUCAUUUUUCACCCCCACCUUUCUCGUCGUUAACGCCGUUGUGCGCCUUUAGGCCGUGCGCGUGCUUGGUUUUCUUGAGUGCUCUAGAAGCGUUGUCAAUGCUACAUGGAGGCGGCCCCACUUCUCACUCAUAUAGGUGACCUCAUCAAGUGUGUCCCACACUUAACACACCACCCGUAAGGGCUAUGACGACUAUCAUUAAGAGUUUUAGCUCAACCUCACAAGCAAAUGUAGUCUAGCCUUCCACACCAUAGAAACGGACAUUUUACAAGGCUAGCAGAACAAAUAGAAGAUUUUUAUUACCCAUUUGAACUUGCUUCAUGGGAUCUCCAAUCACACAAGUUGGGUUCUCAUCCCUAUUUGUUGUCAAAGUGACAUUAGUCCAUUUCCCUCGAUGUUUAAAUUAAUCAUUUAACGUCCUAGGGAUUCUGUCAAAGGAGUAGCUAAUUCCUUCACAAAAUUAAUGGAUAUAAUUCCAUUCUCAAACAUCAUUGCACCACUUUUAAGGGUGAGUGGAUAUCCACUAUUUUAAUUUAUCUCAUGCGAGUCGACUCAGAUUGCGUCGUUGUAUCCCGGCAAUACAACGGAUAACUCUCAACAAGAUUUAGCAUUGAUGUGACACUUUUGUACAUCAGAUAAUUUCAAUAAAAUGUUGUAUCCUAACAGAUAAUUCUCAAUAUAAUAUAUAACAUCAUUGUAUCAUCAUAGUACAAUGAAUAAUUCUCAUAUAUAGCAUCGUUGUACCUCUCUAGUACAACGGAUAUUUCUCAAUUAAACAUAUUAUCGUAGUAUCAAUAUAUUACAACGGGUAAUCUGAACCAUAAUUAAUGAUAUCUCUCGAAUAUCUCAAUAACUUAAGGUAUCUCAACCAUCACAUUUGAAUUUCAUAUAUUGGCUCAAUCUUCAAUUCCAGCAUUUUAAAAUUAUGAAAUGUCACACACAUUUAAUUGUAACAGACUCACAUUUUUGUUUUUAUUUAUAUCAAAGUCAUAAGGGAUAUUCACAUUUUAACAUUGAAAUAUCAAACUUCUUAAGAAGUUUUUCAAAAUGAUGAUAGUAAAAUACCACAAUCCCUCCUUAUGGCUUUAAUAUAAUACUCCAAAAAUUACUUUUACUAUAUUCAUAUAUCAACUCAAUAUAGCUACUGAAAAGCAUACAAAAUUUCAGCAACAUAUAAACAAAUAAUCACACAUGCAUCAUUUAGUGUGUUCACAUUCUUCAAAAAUAAAUCACAUUAAUAUCAACAAUAAUAUAGCUUAAAGUAUUGCACACCGGCACACUAAUUAUUCAAUUUAAGAAAAUCAUAUAUAUGCUCCACUAUUUCAGUUUAUGCAAAGAGUGGCUAAAGGUUAUAAAACUCAAUCAAAUGGGUAAUUAAAAUUUAGAUAAACACCCCCACAAUUUUAAAAUGUUUCAAAAACAGCUGCAUAACUCUUCUAAAAUUCACAGGAAGAUAAGAUAUUUUUAUUGAGAUAAUAUCUAUCUCAAUCUUUAUUUGUACACCAAUAUUUUAUUAGAAAUUGCCUUCAAAUUUAACGAAAUAAUUUUUUUUUUAAAUCUCGAAAAGUCACCAAUAAAUGUAACAUGAAAUCUUCCACAACUUCUAAUCACCGUACAAAUAUAUUAAUAAAACUUAUAUCGAUUCACCAAACAUUUUACAAAUUUUAUAGAUGAAAUAUAACUUAUAAAUUAUCUACCUCCACUAUACACAUUCAGAGUCUAUCAAGAUGUUCACAAAUUUAGGUAAAUAAAUAUGUAUAUUUUUUAAUCACGGCAUGCACUUCGAAAGCAGCAAGUAAUCACUUUCGGACACCAUGCAUAUAUCCAGAUAUAUAUAUUUCAACACAGUAGUGAAUGUACAAGGACAUUAAAAUACUCCGUAAUAGUUAAGUGAUUCAUUUGAUAGCAGCGACAAAUAAAACCGUUAUAAAGCUCCAAUGUAACUGCCGCACCAAAUUCUGAGAAUUCAACAGUUUUUGAAGACCCAUAACAUUUAAUGUUGUCGGGAAGACGAUAAAUUUUCUCAACGUAAAAGAAAGGAAAAAUACCGAGUAAUAACAAUAAAUAUUUUUAAACUCAGGUCAUUUAGCUGUUAAAAUAUGAAAAUUAACAUUACAUAAUAUAAUAUAAUAUAAUAUGUCACAUAUUACAAAUAUCAUGUGAAUUUAAAUGAAACCUCUAAUUCGUCAUCCCCUAUUGGAUGAUAGGAGGAAAAACAUUUUUGCAUUCACAAAUGAAUUUGAUAGCCUCAAAAUCUAUCACUUAUUCAUUCACAUCAGUCACUAGUCAAUUUUAAAAAAUUACUAGACAAUUUUAAAAAAAAUAACCGCAAUAAUUUUAUAUUCACCGCCAAAAAAGUUUACACUUUAUUUUGGUGAAUAUUUUCCCCAAAGAUUUCAUUAUCUAAGAAAUCACCAUUUGAACAAAGGCUACAAAAAAAACAUACCACAACUUUGAGCAUCGUUGGGAGCUAGAAAUGCAUCCAUACUUUUGGUGUCACUAGUCAUAGUUGACUGUUCCGUAGGUGUAAUUUUAGUUUGCCAGUAAUUCCUUAGAUUGUUGGCUCUAUCCUUCCAAAAUCAACGUGUUGACCGUGUUGCUUCUAAAUUGACCUCGUUGACUAUCUAGCUCCGAUAAUUGACCUGCAAAAUAAUCACUAAAAAGAACUAAAAGUAUAUUAGUGGCUCGAGACGCGUUAGACGCUGUCCUAAGGAAUUAUUUCCGACAUACGGAAAUUUCCCCCAAGAGAUAACGAGCCCUUCGGUUAUCAAACCGGUACCAGAACUAACGAGAAGAAAAUAGUAUAUGAACCCAGUAAUAGAGGUGAUGGUUAAUUUGUUGUAUACUUGUAUACGCACUUCACCGUAAAUAUUUUUUCAUCUAUAGAAAAUUAAGGCAUAUAUGAAGGUGGUACGUAGCCUUCUCUCCUUGUAAUCCCACAACACCCAUAACCCAUUUUCCCUUUUCAAUAAGCAGAAUGAGUGCAAAGUCUCCACCAAGCAUAUAUGUCUAUUCUGCCAAGUAUAUAUAUGUCCAAAUUAACAAUGAACCGAACGUAGGUUACUAAAGGGUGACCAUAUAAACUUUAAUGAAAUUAAAGUAUGAAUUAUGUAGUAUUAAAGGCAUUUAAGGAAUAAUGAAUAAUGAUAUCAAACGUUUUUGUAUUAACUCCUAAUGAUGCCCUACGUUAGAAAAAGUUUAGCCAAAUUCAUAUAUUAAGUUAAUUGUUUAACGUUUAGUAAUGGCUUCACAAAUGGUAGGGUAAAAUGGUUUUUAAAGUCGUGAUAAAAUUUCCCAAAAAAAUAAUUGAAAAACUUAUUCAUUUGAAAUACCCAAAAUUUCCAACAAGCACUCCGUCCAUGACUAACACACAUGAGUGUUUAGUAUGAAGAAAAUCAUCAGCCCAACCCGUUCAUGCAGCAAAUGGCCGAAUCCUUUCAAUAAACUGUUGAUGUAAAAUGUGGCCCCGAAUCGUAACGAAGAUUCUAGGGAAUCCAUUAUGAGAAAUUUUAAAAGAAUGACGCUUCCAGUUUCUUCAGAAAAGGGGAAAAUAGUUCUGAAAUUGAUGAGUUUUGGCUCGAGCUAACUACUCAAGUAUUAGAAGACUUGCAAUUGCUUAUAGCCGAAUGUCCACAACAAGCCAUUAGUUUGUUUAUCACUGGUGGAAAUCAGUGCUACUUAGACCGGAUUGACAGAUUGAUUGGUUUGGGAGUUAGAACUAUCAUUCUGAAUCACGCGCACAUCUAUUUGGGCAUGACAAGCGAUAACCACCCAUAAACGGAGGGACUACAUCUAGGGAGGAAAAUUCCCUUUAUACACGUCAGUUUUUACACGCCGGGUUACACGCUAGUCAAAUUUUCUGUGCACAGACAAUUUGACCGGCCACACAGACAAUUUGACCGAUGUUUUAUGAAGAAAACUGAUUUUCACACAGACCAAAAUAAAAAAGAUCUCUCUAUCACAGACAUUUCAAAAUUCUCGUUUAAAAUUGUCUGUAUCACAAACAUUUUAUGAAAAUUCUCAUCUAAAAUGUGUGAUACAGACAAUUCUUUAUUUUUGUCAGUGUGAAAAUCGAUUUUUUUCAUAAAACGUCUGUUGGGUUAAGGGCCCAAGCCGAGGUCCGGCCCACUAACCCUUUCUUCACCAGCCGUGCGUCCAAUCAGAUCACAAGGCCAGCCCGCAGGCCCAUAUUCCUUGGGGAGGGAUGAACGUCUGGGAUUGGGAGUUCAGGCCCAGCGGGCCACCAGGGGAUGACGACGAACGUCCCCAUGGCAAGCCUAUAGUUAUCCGAGGAAAUCCAGUCCACAUGGAAAGAAUCCACAAGGCCAGGAGACGAACAGCCGAAACCUCUUGAGGAUCACCUGGAGCGAUCCAGCUCGCUUCCCAGGCGGACGAACGUCCCCAUUAUUUAGGCGGGAAACCUAGAUUCUGGCGGGAAGCGCAUUUAAUGCUGAAGAUUUGGUAGUUGGGACACAAGCGGUCCACAGGCCUCCACGUCAGUAUAGCCACCUGCCCAUUGGCGGGUAUAAAUAGAAGCAUUUAAUUCAUUGUAAAAGGUUGGCAACCUUCUAUUCUUAGCACUAGCUAUAGCAUUCUUACUCGCAGCAUUUCUACUGCCUUGUAAGACGAACGGCCGACGGAGCCUUAGCGAAAAGUAUUGUAUUAGGGAGUUAUUAAGAGAUAAUAAUACCUAAUCACUUACUUGCUACUUUCCUGCUUUUGUAAUCCAUAUCAUCUGCUUGUUGGGCUAGUUUAAUCACACACACUCCAUUCAAAAUCCUUGGGCUUGCGUGUUGGACCCGGGGGUUGAAGGAAUAAACCUCAACACUGGCGCCGUCUGUGGGAAACUGAACUAAAAGUUUCCAAAAAACUCUCCCAAACAGCUACUAAUUCUACCCACAGCAAGCACGAUGACAAGAAACAACCGCCAACGCGACCUCUCCGAGCAGCUGUCCCGCGGACGAAGCAACCGCGGGCAAACUACGGAACGUUCCAAGACGUUGGGGACAACUGGGGGAGAAGGUGGCCUCACAAACCUCAUCCCCCAUGAAGCCAGGCGCGACCCUCGACUCAUGAGGGAGCUGGCGGAAACGAUGCGCCGAAUGGCGGACGAACAGGAGGCAAACGAAGAGGUGUACUCAGCUAACACCAUCUGGACGCCCAUAUCACCCAUCCACCGCAUGCAGUCCCUGGAUGAGACAGUGGAAUCUGCCGGGCGUCGGACGCCCAUCCACAUGAGGUUGGGUCAAAAUCCGUCUUCCCACGAAGCUGGGGGGCACACUAGCGCCAGCACCCCUCGGUAUGGUUGGCAGGACGAUCAUCGGGGACGUACGCCGGACGUUCCCUCAGAACAUCAGGGCACCACCAUCGCCCCAGCUGCCAGUAACAUUGGACGACGUUUCCAGAGGCAUGGUGCCCAUAUUACCCGGAGGCAACCCGACGCGGUUGCCCCCCGAAGGAACGUUGCGCUCGAGGCCGCCCCUCCUGUGUCCCCCGGAAGGGCCGCACAGGAGGCCCGGCUAGAGGCAAUGGAGCGGCGAAUGGCCGAAAUGGACAGACGGGCGGAGACCGUCCCAGCCACGCCCCGUUUUUCCCUCACCUCGCCCUUCACUCCGAGGGUCAUGAAUGCAGAUAUCCCGCGGGACUGCAGGCCCCCCCAGGGGAUAGUGUACAAUGGGACCGGGGAUCCCAAGGCUCACCUGAUCAGCUUCCAGGGGAACCUUUCCAUGCUGGGGGCAUCCGACGAGGAUAUCUGCCGGCUCUUUUUUAGCACCCUGAGGGGACCGGCGCAGGAAUGGUUCGGGCAACUGAAGCCCGGAUCUAUUGACAACUACGAAGAGUUGUCCCAGCAGUUCAUGGCCCAAUUCGCUGCCAGCACCACCCCCAAGAAGAGCUUCACAUCGCUCACCAGUGUGAAGCAAGGAAAGGGCGAACCUCUGGCCCAAUUCCUGGUCAGGUGGAGAGACGAAGUACUCCAGGUGGAUGACCUGGACGAGCGGCUGGGGGUAAAUCUGUUCACCAGUGCUCUGGCAACGGGGGACCUAUAACGAGACCUUCGGAGGAAUCCCAGCACCAGCUACACUGAGGUGCUGGCUCGGGCGCAGAAGUAUGCCUCCAUUGAGGAGGAGAUCAGAUUGAGGGACGGCGCGCCUGCAGCCCCUUCCCGAAAAUUGGCAGAUAGGCUCGGCCCUGGAGGCGGACCAUCCCCCCCAAACAAAAAGAAGAAGACGGACAGCGGCAUGAUUCCGUGGAAGGCUCAUCCGGAGGCCAGCCGCAUACGUCCGGACGAGUACCACGUCCCUCUGGCUUACCCCGUCAGCCAGAUUUUCGACGCCAUCAAAGAUAAGGGCAUCCUAAGGGAGCCCCAAGACAAGAAGGCGCUUAUGGGUCUUGAUGAGACCGCGUAUUGCGAAUACCACCAGAGGGUCGGCCACCUCACCGACAACUGCAAGCAGCUGAGAUUGGCCAUCGACGAGCUGAUCCGGCAAGGCUACCUGGGCGAGUUCACCCAGCUGCUAAAAAAGAAUAGCCCGAGGCAGCCGAACCCGAGAUCGCGGUCAUGGCGCCGAGACGAUCGGCGCGAGGCGGAACCGAAGGACGUAGAUUAUCGGAGUGCUGAUAAACGUCCGGAGGGGUCCCUCGGCCCGAACGGCGGAAAGAAGAAAUUGGAGAUCAAGGUGAUCUUUGGGGGCGCUGAGACUGGGGACACGCCUGCGGAGCGGAAGAAGUUUGAAAGGUCCCUCUACGUGGGCUCCAUAUCAGCUCCCCCCGCCAAAAAGAAUAAGGUGGAGGCCAUCACCUUUGGACCGGCCGACCUACCGAUGUCACCAGCCCCUCAUAGGGAUGAGUUGGUAAUCAGCAUGGAUGUCAACAAUGCGAUCGUCCGGCGCGUCCUUGUUGAUACCGGGAGCAGCGUGAACGUCCUCUACUGGGAGGCGUUCGAGGGAAUGAAGUUGAGGAAAGACCAGCUGGCUCCCCUACGUACCCCUCUUUCCGGCUUCACGGGAGAUUGCAUCGAUGCGGAGGGCACCAUCGGCCUCCCCGUGGAGAUCGGGGAUGGACCUCACACUACCCGCAUCCGGAUGACGUUCGUCGUGGUCCGCCUAAAAUGUGCUCACAACGCAAUUUUGGGCCGGCCCGGCCUGGAGGAUCUUGAGGCCAUAUGCUCCGUGCGGCACUCAUGCAUCAAAUUCCCCACUGAAACUGGGGUAGGGGUGGCCCGCACGGACCCGCACAUGGCCAGGGCCUGCUACACCAAGGCCAUGGAGAGGUUCUGAGAGCGAGAAGCCCGGGUCAACAGCAUCACUGAGAGGGCCAGACAGGCCGACUUCGACGCCCGUCUGGAGCCGGCUGCCCUGCUCGAAGAGGUGGAAUUGGAUGACCCUUCGGACAGGAAGGUGUCCAUCGGCGCCGACCUUGAACCUGAGAUCAAGGAAGGGGUCAUAGCUGUCCUCCGGAAAUUUAAAAUCUUAUUUGCCAGGGGACCGGAGGACAUGCCCGGAAUAGACCCCAACCUCAUCUGCCACAGACUCGCCGUACGGCCGGAUGCCAAGCCUAUACAGCAGAAGAAGAGAUACAUGGCAGCCGAACGGCGAGAUUUCAUCAAAAAGGAGGCUGCCACGCUCCUCAGCAUCAAGCACAUCCGGCCAGUCAUCCACGUGGAGUGGUUGGCCAACGUGGUAUUAGCCCCAAAAGGCGACACAUGGCGGAUGUGCGUCGAUUACUCGGACCUCAACAAGGCCUGCCUGAUGGAUCCGUACCCAGUGCCGAGGAUCGACCUGCUGGUGGACGAGACGACGGGCUGCGAGCUGCUCAGCUUCAUGGACGCAUUCAGAGGUUACCAUCAGGUGUUCAUGCACCCGGAUGAUGCAGAGAAAACAGCGUUCGUCACAGCGGACGGCGUGUACUGUUAUGUGGUCAUGCCAUUCGGACUGAGGAACGCCAUGGCUACUUUCCAGAGGAUGAUCGGGAUGUUGUUCAAAGACGUACUGGGGAAAACCAUGGAAGCUUACGUGGACGACAUCCUGAUCAAGAGCAAGAAGAAGGAAGACCACGUCCGGGAUAUGGAGAGAAUCUUCACCAUCAUGGAGGGGGCUAGCAUGAGGCUCAAUCCGAAGAAGUGCGCUUUUGCUGUCAAGGGCGGCAAGUUCCUCGGCUACAUGAUGAGUGAACGGGGGAUCGAGCCCAACCCGGAGAAGGUAAAGGCAAUAGUUGACAUGGAAGCCCCGAGAAAUCUGAAGGACGUGCAGCGCCUCACCGGGAGACUGGCGGCCCUGAGCCGAUUCAUGUCAAAACUAGCGGACAAGGCAAUCCCUUUCUUUCAGAUCAUGAAGAAGGCAAAUCCCUUUGAAUGGACGCCAGAGUGCCAGGCUGCCUUCGAAGAUUUCAAAAUAUACCUCUCUUUCCCGCUCGUCCUCACCAAAGCAGACCCCGGGGAGCAGCUGUACAUGUACCUGGCAGUGGCGGACUUGGCUGUGAGUGCCGUGCUGCUCAAGGAGGCAGGGGGCGUUCAGCGGACGAUCUAUUUUGUGAGCAAGGCGCUGAACGGUCCGGAGACCAGGUACACGCUGAUGGAGAAGACGAUCCUCGCCUUGAUAGCAUCCAUCAAACGCCUGGCACCGUACUUCCAGGCACACCCAGUGAUUGUAUACACGACACAACCUCUCGCCACGAUCCUCCGGAACCCCAUGGCCAGCGGGAGGAUAACCAAAUGGUCCCUGAUGAUCGGCCAAUACAACAUAGAGUUCAAACCGAGGCCGACGAUCAAGGGACAGGCGCUGGCAGACUUCAUUGCCGAAUGCACUGCGCGCACCGAGGACGAUCCCCAAGGCGACAAUGAUUUCAACAACUGGUGGGAAAUGUACACCGAUGGGGCCUCGAUUGCAAAAGGUUGUGGCAGAGGAGCAGUGAUCACCUCACCUGAGGGUUUCAAGGCCUACUACUCCAUGAAAUUUGAAUUCAAAGUCACCAAUAACGAGGCUGAGUACGAGGCGCUGAUCGCGGGACUGAAGUGUGCAAAGGCACUCGGCGCAGCUCGUCUCAAGGUGAAAAUGGACAGUCAACUGGUGGUAACUCAGAUGAAUGGGACGGCCGAGACCAGGGAAGAGAGGAUGAAGAUCUACAAGGAGAUCGCGGAGGAACAAACCGCGCAGUUCGAGCAGGUGAUAAUCGAGCAGGUAUCGCGGGUGGAGAACGCUGAGGCUGAUAUACUAUCCAAGCUAGGCAAUCCCCCAGGCGGUGACCCCACGACGAGCAUCCCCCGGCACAUUAGGGGCUUCGUCAGGCAAGAGACACUCCCAACACCGGCGACGGACGUCAUCCGGGUAGAAACCAUCUCCAUCGCCGAACCUAAUUGGUCGAAGGAGAUCGCAGACUACCUCAGGGAUGGGACGCUCCCCGAGCCUGAGGAUGAUGGCAGCUCCGGACGAGCAGCAUGGAUAAAGAGGAGGGCCCCCAACUUCGAGCUCAUUGAUGGACAACUCUACAAAAAGACGUUCGGAGGGCCAUACUUGAGAUGCCUCCCGCCGAGCCUGGCAGCAGCCGUCAUUGAAGAGAUACAUGAGGGCGUCUGUUCCAGCCACCAGGGUCCCCGUACCUUUGCCCGGAAGAUCAUCUUGCAGGGGUAUUACUGGCCGACCAUCCAGCAGGAUUGCUUCAACCACACUCGGAAAUGUGCAGUAUGCCAACAAUAUGCUCCUGUCCCCGGGCGGCCGGCAAGCUUCUACACUCCAAUGACGGUUGCAUUACCCUUCGCCAGGUGGGGCAUAGAUCUGUUGGGCCCUCUUCCGACGACGACCGGCGGAAGGAAGUUUGUCAUUGUGGCAAUUGACUACUUCACAAAGUGGUAGAAGCCGAGCCGCUAGCUUCCAUCACCGAAUAUCAAUGUCAGAGGUUCCUCUGGCAGAAUGUCAUAUGCCGCUUCGGGAUUCCAGAGCAGGUCAUCACCGACAACGGCCGGCAGUUCGUCGGCAGAGGAUUUGAGGCAUACUUGGCGAAGUGGGGCAUCAGGCACUCCAAGGCCUCGGUGGCCUACCCGCAGGCCAACGGCCAGGUGGAGAACAUGAACCGGACCAUCAUGGAUGGGAUCAAAAAGAAAUUGGAAGAUUACGCGUCCACCUGGCCGGAGCAGCUCAAUUACGUACUCUGGACGUACAGGACAACCCCAAGGACGGCAACCGGCGAGACACCUUUUGCCUUGGCAUACGGAUUCCAGGCCAAGGUGCCGACGGAGGUGCUGGUGCCCACACAUCGCACGAAGCACUUCCAGCCGGAGAAUAACGAGGCUAACCUACGAGCGGAGCUCCACUUCAUCGAAGAGCGAAGAGACCUAGCAGCUCGUCGCAUGGAGGAAUAUCACCGAGCCACCCAACGGUACUUCAACAAGGCGGUGAAGAUCCGCGAAAUUGAAACUGGGGACCUCGUACUCAGAAAGAGGGAGAAGAGCAAGCCGCUCGAAGGUGGCAAGAUGGCCAAAAAUUGGGAAGGGCCGUACAAGGUCAUGAGAAGAUACAACCAGGGGACGUUCCUCCUCCAUACCUUGGAGGGAAACCACGCUGGAAUCUGGAACGUCGAACACUUGAAGAAGUUCUACCAAUAAUUAGAGAUAGAUCUUUUUGUAAUAUUUUGGUCGAAGUACCAUGUAACACCACCGAUCGUCGUCUCUAUAUUAAAAGGAUUAUUUCUGUUCUUCACUCCCUACAGAGAGAUUAAAAGCCGAAGUGCUAUUGAAGCGAUUUCCUCCUCCCAAAAAAAAAAAAAAAAAAAAAAGAGAAGAGAGGAGAAGGGGAGAGAGAAGCUCCUAUGAGAGAGGGAGUCUUGACGAGGUAUGCCUGAUCUUCCUUCGCCGCGUGACGAACGUCUCCCGACGCGGAGGUUAGUAGGAACGUGGGGGAGGCUAGACGUACCAAAGGGAACCUCGGCAGGAUAAACCAGUUCCUCCCAUGACCCGUGGAUCGACGAACACCUUCUGCUGAAGCAGAGGGCUAGUAGGGCCACGAGUAUGGGGCGACGAAGCAGGGAACCCGUGAUAGGGUAAACCAGUGACCUCCUUGCGAUCGAUGAUUGACCGAGCGUCUUCUUCGAAAUAAGAAGACUAGUAGGAUCACGACAAGGACGAACGAAGCCUAGUUCCUCCCCCUGAUGAGCGCAUGACGAAAGCCUUCUGCGAAGCCAGAAGACUAGUAGUUCGCGGCUGGGGACGAACGGAGAUAGGGAAUCCCGACGUGGAUAAACCUGUUUUUUCUCAAGGCGGGGAUGGCGAACUUCUCCUACGAAACCAGGAGAAAAGUACCCACGAAGCUUGGGAAGGACAAAGACUGAUAAAAAGACUCCAAAAAAAAAAGAUAGAGAGAGAGAGACAUGGAGCAAAUAAUGAUUUUUAUUCUUCGGUACUGAUGACCGGAAAGUACAAUAUAAAAGGUACAAUGUACAUGAUGAAAAAAUGGGUACAAGUACAAGACGAUGAGCGGAGAAUCAACUUUGAUCAACAUCCGGAGUCGGAACCUUGAAGGAGACCUGCUUGGCCUUUUCCCUAGCCUCAGCUUCUUCACGCUCCUUACGCUCCCUCAGCAGCUCAAGGGCCCCCUUAUGGGCGUCUACCAUCAAGGAAUCAAAGCCAGCUGCCGCAGGAUCAAAGGGAGCCCCAAAGUGACGCUCGAAGACCGGGAGAUUCUCUGCCACGAGGCCGACCAUACCCUUGAGAUAAGUAUCGUCGGCAAGAUCGUCGAGGAAGCGUUCCCCAGUGGGAGUGGCCUGGAGCAAUUUGACGCCAUCUAGAUAAGGGUCCGGGCAAGUGGCCAAAAACUCACCGACGAACCUCGGAAGGAACCUCAUGGCCAUGGUAUGAAUGGCACCAGUGUAAGCCUUAGACUUCUGGAACUCAAUGGAACCAGAUUCCUUGAUCUUCGAAACAUCGGCCUCAUACAUGGGGACAUGAUUAUCCACACCUGUACGGCGGAUUUCCACCUUUGCCUGCUCCACGGCCCAUAGCCGGCUACGAAGGUCCACAAGCUCGGCCUCCUGCUUCCUAAGGAGCUCUUUCUGGGAAAUGCUCUCCUGGACAAGCUUGUCAUAGGCAUCGGCCUUUUCUUGAAGUGUUCCGGCCCUGCCUUUGUCGUUCCUCAAGAGGGCAUCGCAUUCAGCCCGCACACGAGCCAUUUCCUUGCCUUGAUGCUCAAAGGCCAUCCGAGCCCUGUGAAAGUAGAGCCCGGCCUUGUCGAGGGUGCUCUGCCCACAUUCCAGGAGAUCCUCAGGAGCUUCCUGGGCGGCGAAAUCUUGGGGGACCUUGAGGUUGAGGCCGCACCAGAUGGAAGACGCGGUCUGGCCGAAGAGCAUCAUCGACUCCUUGCGAGGGCCAACCCCGGAGAAUUCGAUAAGACCAAGGGAGGACCCGUUGGUUUCUGGAGGCGAAGGGGGACGAGCAUCGUCAAAACCCUUGGUAGCAUGGACAUCUCCAUCCCGAAGGCGACGGACCUCGGAAUUCCGCGGAGGAGAAACAGGGGGCUUAUUCUUGGAAGAAGGUCUGCGCUUCAAGGGACUCCCAGGCUCACCAUCGGAGUCGUCAGCCACUAUGAUGGCCUUGGAAGCGGUACCGUCAAUGCACGGCCUCUUGGAAGCCCCAGCCUCCGAUGCGUCGUCCGACCGCCUCUUGGUCACCCGAGGCUCGAUCUUGGGGACGAGCGGCUUCCUGCCCUUAUCAUGAUCCUUGCUGUCACGGCCGCGGGCAUGCAAAGCAACGUUGGCACGUCCCAUGGAUGAUGUAGACGGGAAGACUCCUGCAGGAAGAAAAUCAAGACGUUCAGAGCCAUAACAGCGAAAGGGUGACAGGACAAUGCAAGUACAAAUGGACGCACCUAGCCCGGCCCGGGCCUUAAAAGGCUCGGCCACCAGCGACCGGAGGUUCUGGACGCCAAGACCAGCUAUACGCUUGGCAUAGCCAAGCUCCUCAUCCGUCAUGGGCGGCGGAAUGGACUUCACCGGGUAGGCGUUCCACCUAUCGGAGAAUGGCAUCGGGGAGCCCACUUCGGCGAGGAAGAACCGCUCCUCCCAGCCGUCCGGGUUCCCAGCGUUGUUUGAAAACAGGACCAUGGACGGACGCGUAAUCAGGGUUAAGUACCCCGUACGUCUGAAGGGGGAUAACCGGAAGAAGUGUUGCAGUAGGUCUACGGUGGGGGUCACGUCAACACUGUGACAUCGAAUUAUAAAACCCGCGAUGAUCCUGUAAGCAGCAGGGACAAACUGAGCAGGUGUCACCUUGAGGCUCCUAAAAAGCUCUAUGUGGAAGCGGUGAAGGGGAAAAAGAAGGCCGGCUAUAACGGAGUCCAAGUGGACCACCACAUAGCCGGGCAGAUGGCGCAUUGGGUGGCGCAGAGUCCGAUCGUCAUAACCCCUUGGGGGAAGGAACCAUUGGCUUAUCAACCGACGGUCGGCGUUCAAGAGACGCUGGCGCUGACGACGAACGCCGGAAAAAUUCAGGUGAUGUCGGGGGGGCUAUGGUGGCAUACCCCGCUCAUAGAACUCUAGGUCAUCACCAGAGGAGCACCCAUCGUCAAACCUAUCAAUAGUUUGGGAUCCCAACAUGGACAAAGACAUGACGACGUUCGGUACCUACGGGUGUUGGGGCCUGAAGCAGUACCGAAAAAAGCUAGAGAGAGGAAGUGAUUGCGCAGCACAAGGACUAGGGAUGAAGCAAAUGGGGAAUCCGCAAGACCUUGGAUACUUAUAGGCAGCACCGCGGGAUCGCGCCAAUCACGGCGGAACACGUGGCGCCUGGGUACCGGUACCUACCACGGCACUAAAGGCACCUCGAUGUCACCACCCCACAACCACCGCGAAGGAAGCCGGUUUUGAUGCCACGAGCGUCCCCCAUAGGGGCACGCAGGGACCGCACCCGCAGGCUACUCACGGAAAGACGUGCGUAUUCGCGGGAUGCGUUCAUAACGUCUGCAAACGUAUUCGCGGGAUGCGUUCAUAUUUUGAUGCCAACCAGACGAACGUCUGCGAACGAUAUCUGGUUUAAGCACAAGGCGUAAAAGGUCAUGCUAUUCCUAACGCGACGGACUUCUCUAUCAAGGCAUUGUUCCUGGGGAGUGCGUUCGUAUCCCCACAUCUAGCUAUACAGGCGAACGUCACGGAUGGUUAUGUCUAUAACCGCGUGACGAACGUCUCCACCAACUCCGAUCCGGGAGUACACAUGUGGGGUUAGCUCCCAAGCAUACGAACGUAUCUCGAAAGAUUGGGAUACAGGAGUGGAUUAUGGGCAUGAACGUCCUCACCAACUUGGGCUAUAUCCCAUAAUGGCAAAAUACUACUAACGAUAAAAGAAAACAGGAAGAGUUCAUGAACGUAGAGACAAUGAUAGAGCAAAAGAGUUGUGUAUUCCUCGGCUCUACUGGCCGGAUAAGUACAGAAUCAAAACGAGAAAACUACAAGUUACAUUACACAAAAUUUGGAGAAACGGGCCGGGACCCCCCAGGGAUGGUUUCUUCCUCCUCCUCGGGCUCCGGCUCGGGGGAUGGAGGCUCCGGGACCUCACCUCUGGCUCUGGCCUCUUCCCGCCGGGCGUCCCUUUUCAACUUGCCCACCGCCCGGACCAGCUCCGGAUCAGAGGUAUGCUCGGCCAGGUCAAAUCUGGGCCCCUGAAGAGCGGCGAAGACCGGCAGUGUCGCCUUUACCCCUUCGUUGUACCCAAUAACGAAGGAGCUAUCCCCAACGUCGUACAAGAACUUCUCGGCCAGGGGCGCGCUCUCCAGAACUCGGACCCCGAAUUUGAGCCGAUCCUUCGGCGCCUGUUUCUGCAGCUCAGCGGCGAACACGUCACCAAAAGCGCCCCCAAGGUACUUCUGGGCGGCGAUCAUGAAGGCCCCGGAGUUGUGAUACCCAGAGUCGUCGACGAGCCAUUCGGGGGCCUCAUCCUUGGGGGCGGGAAGAGCCGGGACGAGCUUGAAUCCGGCUUUCUCCAGGGCCGCGAGCUUCGCAGAGGACUCGCGGGCUACCUUCAGGGCGGCCUGCAGCUCCUUGUCCUUGACGGCCAGCUCCUUCUCCUGCAGACGAGCGGCCUCUCUCGCCUUCUUCAGGGCAGCAUCUACUUUAUUCCUCGCCUGGAGGACCUCGGCCUCUCGGGCAGCCUCAGACUGCAGAACGGAGAGCCCGACCUACAAAUCAAAUACGGGAAGUGAGAUUUCAAAACAGUAGGGUGAGGUAAUCAAGCACCUCGCGCGGAGUAAAGUCUUACCUGAAGAGCAGCGGCCAGAGCCGCAUUAGAAGCCUCCGAAGACGUCCGGGGAGGCAUAUCCACGCCGACCAGAGAGGCGAUCUCCUGCCAGACAUCAUGGGCCGGACGCCCGAGGGAGGGAAGGACCAACUCUUGCUCUUCGGGGGCCGAAGAGGAAGCCCCCGGGGCCUUUUGGGCUUCUUGUCCUUCGCCUUCUCCCCUUCAAGCGGAUGAACGGCCUGCAGAGGUGCCACGACCUCGGGAACGCCAGGAUUAAGGAUUGGGGCCUGGGACCCCUGCGCCAUCACCGUUGCAAUGAGGUGCUGUUCCGCCUCCGCCGUGCGACGAUCGGCCUGAGAGGCGGAGGAGUUAGAAUCUGUUGUUUGGGCGAUCUUGGCCUUGGCAAGGGCAGCAUCAGCAGCGGCGCCUUUGCCUUUCCUCGUCCUGAGGAGCUUCUCGUGAUUCAUUUGUUCUUGGGUCGGGGGGAGACCUGAAAGGAAAAUGGGAAAUGUGUUAGAUGGACGAGGCCCAGGAAUGACUCACCUCGGAGGUCAGGACCGCCCAGUACCCCGAGACGAGCGUAGGAGGGAAGAUGCCCGAGAGUAUGGGCGGUACCUAUUCCUGCCGCGGCAAGUGCCUCAAAAGUUAGGAAGUCGUCUAAGGGCCGGACGCCGCCCGUCGAGAUCUUCCUGAUGUCAUCCUCCAGAUCGUCGGUCAGCUCCGGGGACCCUAUCUUGGGCGGAUAGCCAUUCCACCGUAGUGGCAGACGAGCAUCCGCGUACCGCACAAAGAAGAACCGGUUCUUCCAAUCAUGGAUGGAACUCGGUGCUCCGCUGAACAACCUCCGCUUCGGACGGGCUGCGAUGCUCAGGAAACCAUCGGAGUUUUGGGGGGUGAGCCGGUAGAAGUAAUGGAACAGAUCCAAAGUGGCGGUGACCCCAUUGUCCUUGCAACGGACUAGUAAGGCGGAGAGCCACCGAUAGGAAUUCGGCAUGAGUUGUGCGGGGGCUAUCUGGUAACAACAGAAGAAUUCCACAAAGAACGGAUGGAGAGGGAAGCGCAGCCCGGCCUCGAUGGAGUCCAGAAGCACCAUAAUCAUCCCUGGGCGUCUCCUCAUCACGUGGGUUGCGCCACGAAGGCUGUAUACGGACGGAGGGGGGAAGAACACCUUGAGCUUGUUGAGGGCUACCGGCGAGAAGAUCUGCUCGUGGCAGAGGACAUUCUUGAUCGGGCAUAGAUGCCUCUCCACAUCUAUCUUUAGCCCAAGAUCAAAGACUUCGAUGUCGGAACCAUCCUGGGCCUCGACCCCAGAGUCAUAUCCGUCCGGACGACCGUCCUCACUAGCGGACUCCUGUUCCCCGACGUCGGCCACGGGGUCCACCACAUUGAGGGCCAUAUUGUCUUGCUCUCCUGAAUCAGCACCCUCCUCACCAGGGACAAUUUUAACAACACCGAUUUGGGCUUCCCCGACCUGAACAGUUCCCACGGUAGGGGCCGAGCCGGAACUACCGGAAGUGCUAGUCUCGCCCGAAGAGCGUGAACCGUAGUCAGAAGAGGAGCCCGAGGAGGAACCCGAUGAACCCGAAUCGGAACUUGACGAGAUCUCCAUCGAAACCAUCUCGACGAGAAUUCAAGACAAGGAAAAGAAGCAGAGUAUGGAAAUUACCUUAGAAAGGGGUUAGCCGAGCUUGAAAGCGGGAGAAGACUUGAAGAGCUGCGGAAAUUCGGAAGCAAGAGGGCAGAAAUCGGGAACCCUAAUCCAGAGGGAAAACCCGCAUUUAUAGGAGAAACACCAGUGAGGGAGCCAACGGGGGGCUGACGCGUGGCCGGGAGCGUAUUCCGGCUCACGCGCUGUGCGUGGGGCGAAAGCGUAAUGAUGACAUUUCCUCAGAAAAUGCACCGCCGCUACAGCAGCCGUCACCUCGUUUCCUGAAUCGUCGACAGCUGUUAAGCACCAUGACCACGGGCGUACGCUUCCACCAGAUGCAAUAAAACAUAAGUAUCAAGACACGAACGUCUACUUCGAGGGGAUUUAUACUUCCUUAUGUCCUGCGCAUGCUCAAAACAUCAGAAGUGGGGGACUUGUGUUGGGUUAAGGGCCCAAGCCGAGGUCCGGCCCACUAACCCUUUCUUCACCAGACGUGCGUCCAAUCAGAUCACAAGGCCAGCCCGCAGGCCCAUAUUCCUUGGGGAGGGAUGAACGUCUGGGAUUGGGAGUUCAGGCCCAGCGGGCCACCAGGGGAUGACGACGAACGUCCCCAUGGCAAGCCUAUAGUUAUCCGAGGAAAUCCAGUCCACAUGGAAAGAAUCCACAAGGCCAGGAGACGAACAGCCGAAACCUCUUGAGGAUCACCUGGAGCGAUCCAGCUCGCUUCCCAGGCGGACGAACGUCCCCAUUAUUUAGGCGGGAAACCUAGAUUCUGGCGGGAAGCGCAUUUAAUGCUGAAGAUUUGGUGGUUGGGACACAAGCGGUCCACAGGCCUCCACGUCAAUAUAGCCACCUGCCCAUUGGCGGGUAUAAAUAGAAGCAUUUAAUUCAUUGUAAAAGGUUGGCAACCUUCUAUUCUUAGCACUAGCUAUAGCAUUCUUACUCGCAGCAUUUCUACUGCCUUGUAAGACGAACGGCCGACGGAGCCUUAGCGAAAAGUAUUGUAUUAGGGAGUUAUUAAGAGAUAAUAAUACCUAAUCACUUACUUGCUACUUUCCUGCUUUUCUAAUCCAUAUCAUCUGCUUGUUGGGCUAGUUUAAUCACACACACUCCAUUCGAAAUCCUUGGGCUUACGUGUUGGACCCGGGGGUUGAAGGAAUAAACCUCAACAACGUCAAUCAAAUUAUCUGUGUAGUCGGUCAAAUUGUCUAUACACAUAUAAAUUGUCAAAUUAUCUGUGUAAAAAAAAUAAAUAAAUAAAAAAAUAAGAAAACAAAAACAAAACAAAAAUAAAAAAUAAUAAUUUGACAGGCACUUAACCUGUACACGUAGCUGGACUCAUCUAGGAGCGCCUGGUAUUGGUAGGGUUGUAAACGAAUCGAAUCGAGUCGAAUAGUGGGAUUUUGUAUUUGUAUUUGUUCUUGUUUAAUUUUUUCGAAUUCGAAUUCAAAUAUGAAACAAAUAUUAAUUUUGAUUUGUAUUUGUAUUUGUUUAACAAUACGAAUAGUUAACGAAUCAUAUACGAAUAUCGAAUCGAUUUAAGCAUAGGGUAAAUAUUAGUCAAAUAUCACUUUAAAAUAACUUUUCUUAUAUUUUUUGUGUUGUAAAUACAUGCUAUAACUUUUUUUUUUAUCAUAAAAGAACGGCCGUUAUAUUAAAAUCGAGAAACAUACAAAUGCAUGCUAUAACUUAAUAUGUGUUUUUAGAAUUUAAAUUUAAUUUAUCAAUGCAUUUUUAGAUUUUGCACAAUAUAUUAAAGUGAAUCAAUUUUAAGAUUAAUAAAUGUAAAUCUAUUUCGAGAGAAUUAUUCAGGUCCGGCCAGGCUGGACCACUCCCCUGUCCGGACACCUCAAUUUGAGGUGGUUCCCGGUGGUAUUUUUUGCCCAAAGUUUUUUUGUAUGUUCUUUAUCAAGUCUAGUUCAUCCAUACCCAGUUUGAGCAAACAAUUCAAUCGGGAAGGUCGUCAAAUGAUUUUUGCAAGUUCACUGCGUUUUAUAUGUAUAUUCCGGACCAGUUAACUUGCAAAAAUCAUUUGACGACCUUCCUGAUUGAAUAUUUUGCUCAAAAUUGGUAUGGAUGAACUAGACUUGAUGAGGAACAUACAAAACAAAUUUGGGCAACAAAUACCACCGGGAACCACCUCAAAUUGAGGUGGCCGGACGAGCCUCCUGUCCGGCCAGGCCGGACAGGAAAAGGACUCUCUAUCUCGAUCCUUUUUGAAAUAAACACUAACACAUACAUAUUAGAAAUUAUACUUAUAAUGUGUGAAAUAAGUUGAUAAUUGUAUAUAUCAAAGUCAAACGACUCUAAUUUUAUUCUUUCAAUUGAAUAUGUGUAUUGUAUUUGAAAUAUAUUUGAACCAAAAAUUUAAUUUGCAUUUGUAUUUAUAUUCUGAUUUACUACUAAUACGGGCUUGGAAUCUGUAUGUAUAAAUGUAUAUAUGACUACACUUUGAGGGUAUUGCUAUCUUUUAAAAGUUAUUAUAAUGUUAUUACUAUUAUUAUUAUUAUUAAUAUUAAUAUUAAUAUUAUUAUUAUAUUAUUAUUAAUAUUGCCACUAUUAUUAAGGGAUAUUUACCUAAAUGGGAGUAAAUAAAUCAUCAAUUGCUAAAAGAGGAAUAAACUUUAAAAUUUCCCUAAACAGGAGUUAUUAUUUGUAACUAGACAGAAAUGCCCCAAAAGAAAUGUCCCAAAGGAUAAUUAGCAAAACCAACUGCUGCCAACCGAAGCUCGGACCGCCGCCGGACCGCUGUCGGACCGCCGAUCUCCGACUGCCGCCGCCGCUGAAACAGUCACCACUCCAGAUCCAGCCAUUUCCGCCACAGAUCUGUCCGCUGCCGCCGUAGAUCCAGCCACCCCCGACCUCCGGCCACCACCCCUACAGAUUUGACCAUGCCGCUGCAGAUCCGACCUCCGCCGCUGCAGAUCUAGCCGCUGCCGAUGCAGAUCCGGUCUCCACUGUUGCAGAUCAGACCCUAUGCCAAAAAUUUUACCAG